CGCGUUAGCACAUGUAGGUUAAUAUAGGUCACGGUCGUGUAUACAACCGUGGAAUAGGUAGUACACGUUACAAUAUAACCUAUAAAAGGUGUAUAACACGUGAGUAAAAUCGAAAAAAAAAUGAGUUUAUUUGUCAUAAACAGAUAUGAGGGUGAAAAAGAAGAAACGAAAAAGGAAGGGCAUCAUUUGUCUGAAUUAUUAAAAAGAAUAGAAGAACUUAAAGUAGAAAGACUAACUAAUCAAAUACAGGAAAGUAGUUCUCAAAAUGCACAAGAAUCGAAUUAUAAAAAGAAAAAGAAAAAAGCAGAAAAUCUUAAUAAAUGUUCAAUAGAAAAUAUUAAUUUGAAUGAAAAUAGUAUAUCAAGUGACAUUAAAAGAAAGGCAGAAAUACGUGUUUCAGAGCAUAGAAAGAAUAAAAAGAAGAGGAAAUAUAGCGAAGGAAGUUCUAAUGAAACAAAUAAAACUGCAGAUAAAACAUUGCAAAGUGAAAAUACAGAUAAUCAGGAUAAUGAAAUACCUAAUAAAUCAUCAGAUCCAAAUGAAACAGAGGAAAUAGUAAAAUAUCAGGACACAAUAGUGAUUUCAUAAUUCUGGGUGUAAAAAAUAAGCGAAAGAAGCGUGAAGUUAAGAGAAUUCUACCAGAAUGGUAGGCUAAUCCAGAAGUCAUAUCUAUUGAUUUAAAUAGUAGUCCAACCUCAGAAGACAUGAAUUUAAUUAAUGGCAUUAAUAAAUUAUUUCCUGUUCAAGCUAGUAUGGUAUCUUGGCUAUUGAAGUGUAGUAAAGAUAGGCAACAAAAAUGGUGGUUAAGGGAUACAUGUGUAUCUGCUCCUACAGGCAGUGGUACGAAUGUACGAGUCAUUUAUAGCAAAUUGAAAUAUUUACAUUCUAGUUUUGAUACUUUGUUGUGUUUUGUUAAUAAAUAAUGUUAAAUUCUAAUUACAAUUAAUGUUGUUAAUGAAUAUUAUUUCAAAUCAGUUUUCUUUAUUUUAUUAAACAUUGCAUACAAUGAAUAGAUUAAAGC